AUGGAAGAUAACGAAGUAACGAGUGAGACUGAAUACGAACCGCCAUCUAAAAAGCAUAGAGUUGCAGAGGCUAGCCAUGACGUCGAUGCUCAAUCCGAGGAUUCAGGUAACGAAGAAGAGGAUGAAUCCUCAACUUCAGAGAUGAACGAGACAGGAGAACUUGAGGAUAACAUGGCUUACCAAGAAUGGCUUGAAAUGGCCAUGACAGCCACUGAGGAGUCGAGAAAUGAGAAAUGCAAAAAAUAUAUCUCCAACGGUAUGAGUGAAGAUGAUGCUAAAGAAAAAGCUCAUGAUGGAUUGGGAAUCGAAUCCAUCAAUGUAGACGAAAAUACCCCAACAUACAUCAGCGUGUCGUGGUCAACAGAUGCAGGGUCAUCGUGGGACCAUUACAUGGUCGACAUAGUUCCCCCUUCUGGGUAUAGCUUGAACGGAUAUCCGAUAAACACAACCGAUACGUCGUAUCAGAUAACCGGACUCAGUCCCGAAGAGGAGUACACGAUUACCGUUAAACCAUGGAGUAGUGGGAGCGCCGGUGAUGCUGCAAAUACUACUGUUUUCACAGAGGCCAUUGCUGAAGGGGAGAUAUUAGUGUCCGAUGUGACGUCUUCGUCGGCUUAUAUUCAAUGGAGAGCCGUUGAAGGAGUCAUCUUUUAUACGAUCGUGACUGAACCAAGUGAUGCCAUCGGGCAUUUAGGGGGUAUCUUGGAAGAGGAAGUCGGGCUGACCAUUCUACUUCCGGGCACAGUGUUCAAUGUGACUCUUCAGAAUGGCCAAACGUUUUCGAGCUUAGCGUCAACGGAAAUAAGAAGCGCACCCGGAAGUCCAGUCAAUGUUACUCUGGAUCAAAUCGGCAGUACUGAAGCAACUAUCUCCUGGACUCCACCAACGACACCACGUGACGCAUACGAGGUAUACGUCAUCAACAAUUCAACCAAUGAACGUUUACUCGCUGCCACUAUUCGACCUGAAGAAGUCAACGAGUGUACAGUAAACGGCUUAUCACGUGCUUGGGUGUACAGAUUCGAAGUUGGCACCCUCCUAGAUGCAAGCAAUUCGUUUGCAUUGCAGAGAAGUGAUAUGAACAGCAAUCCUUCGGUGCUUGGAAGAACUGGUCCCGAAGCCCCGUUAGGUGUUUUUGUCUCAUCCAUAACCGACGUCUCUGUCAGCCUAACCCUCACACCGCCAUCGAGUCCCCAUGAUGGGUACGAGCUCUACAAGCUCAAUCCAACGGAUAACCACAGGACACUUGUUUCAAACUUAACGCGGGAAAAUGGAAUGAUUUAUGAGACGGAUAUCGUUGGACUGGUCCCUGCGACACUUUACUACGUAGAGGUCGGGACUUUCCUCAACGCAGAAGGAUCAUUUCCGUUGCAGAUGAGUGAGGAAUAUGCAGCAGUGACAUUUCAAACUGAACUUCAGAUGGUAAUCGCAGUCGUGGGUCUGAUCAGCGGCGUUCUCGCGGUAGAUGGCGCCGUGAAUUCGGCGGGGCAGCCUGGGGAUGACCCGGUUGAGGGUGAAAUACACUUUGUUGCUUUGUUUCCGGGCGGAACCUGGGAGGGCUUAGAAAUCGCAGGACGUAUGGCUGUUGACGAUAUCAACUCCAAUCCGAACAUCCUCAAGAACUACACUCUUGUCAUGCACGUUGACUAUACUAAUCCCACGAGUCCAAACAAACCAAACCAGGGUUUAGCUGCAUCAGCCUUCUAUCAGAGGCUGUACAACGGUCCUCCUAAAUCAUUCCUGAUUGGUGGUUUCUAUUCCGAAGACUCUGGGAUCCUUUGUGAAACAGUCAAGUAUUGGAAUGUUAUUCAGGUAUCAUAUAUUUUCUCAUAG